AUGUCUUCUAAUAGUGUGCCACAGAAGAACGGUGAAAUCCAAGAAGAUGGGCUUUCGAGAAUACAACAACAUAUGGAAUUUAUGUUUGGUGAGCUGAUGACUAGGAUUGAAAAAUUAGAGACGAGGUCUGAUGGAGGGCGUAGUAAAAGGGGUAGAGAAGUUAGGAAGAAGGAGAGUGUUGCUGGAAACUCUGCAGAUGAAGUCGAGGAUGAUCUUAACCGUGGUGGUGGGUUCCGUACACAUAGGGGAGAGAGAGGGGAUUUUGAUGAUUUGGGAGAUAUAGGCCGAAAUUUGGGUAGUAUUAAGUUAAAAAUCCCAGCCUUUAAGGGAAAAACUGAUCCAGAAGCUUAUUUAGAUUGGGAAAAAAAGAUGGAGAUGAUUUUUGACAUCCAUAGGUACUCUGAAGAAAAGAAGGUUAAGUUAGCUGUAGUGGAGUUUACUGACUAUGCCAUGGUUUGGUGGGAGAGAUUGGUGGUAGAAAGAAGAAGGAAUAGAGAAAGACCAGUUAGCACAUGGGAGGAGUUGAAGACAAUAAUGAAAAAGAGGUAUGUUCCUAAACAUUAUUAUCGAGAGUUGUUUAAUCGUUUACAAAUGAUUACACAGGGUAAUAAGAAUGUGGAGGAGUAUCAGAAAGAAUUAGAGGUGGCUAUGAUUAAAGCUAAUGUUAAUGAAGAUGAGGAAGUUACGAUGUCUAGGUUUUUGAAUGGCUUGAAUAGAGACAUAGCUAAUGUUGUGGAGUUGCAAUCAUAUGUUGAUUUGGAGGAGUUAGUACACUUAGCCAUUAAGGUUGAUGGACAGUUGAAAAUGAAGGGUAAUACACGAUUUGAAGCUUAUACGGGGUCUUCUUCGGGUUGGAAGAUGAAUUAUUGGAGAGAGGGUAGUGCGUCAUCAAAGCCUUUGGUGACUUCUAAAGUUGCCGAACCUAACUCCAUGAAGAAGCAGGUUUCAACCAAUGAUAAAAAAUUUAAGGGAGAAGUUCAAUCGAAGCGUAAUUGUGAUAUAAAGUGUUUCAAGUGUCAAGGAUUGGGACACUAUGCAUCAGAAUGUGCAAAUCGUCGAGUUAUGAUUCUAAGGGAUGAUGGAGAGAUUGUGUCCACUAGUGAGGAGUCUGAUUGUGAUGACAUGCCCCCACUUGAGGAUGCUAGUGAUUCAGAGUAUGCUGUUGGUGAUAAAGUUUUGGUGAUUAGAAGAAAAGCCAAGCACAAUGGGUUUAAGAACAAGUAUUCAUUAGAAAAGGAUGGAAAGAUUUAUACACUUGCCCCACUCUCACCUAAGCAAGUGUAUGAAGAUCAAAUUCAAUUGAAGAAGGGUUAUGAGGAAGAGCAACAUGUUUCGGUCAAAGUGGAGGAACAAAAAGAUUUGGCUAAAAUGGGAAAACAAGCUGAACAACAUGGUGAGGAUGUGAGGAAGAGAGAAAAGAAAGAAUUUGAGGAUGUCUUUCCGGAUGACAUUCCUAGUUGUUUGCCGCCAAUUAGAGGUAUUAAGCAUCAAAUUGACUUUGUUCCAGGAGCAUCUAUACCAAAUAGGCCGACUUAUAGGAGCAAUCCUGAAGAGACUAAGGAGCUUCAAAGGCAAGUGGGGGAGUUGAUGUCAAAAGGAUACAUUCGAGAGAGCAUGAGUCCUUGUGCAGUUCCCGUGCUUCUUGUUCCAAAAAAGGUCAAAACAUGGCGAAUGUGUGUGGAUUGUCGAGCUAUCAAUAACAUCACUAUUUUAGCGUAA